AUGGCAACUGCACCACUUCCGAGCCGGACGCGUUCCAUACGAAAGCCCAAUGCGGGGAUUGACUUGAAGUCGAGAUUAAAUGGGUCGAAUAGCGAACAAGCUCCAGAUGCGCCCGGGGGGAGGAGCCGCGGUGGAGACCUGGUUGACUCGGCCAGGACGGGAAGCCAAUCCCCAAGCAAGCUGCCCAUGAGACCUCCCAGCUCGAGCACUUCUACGUCACGACUCACACGAACGGGCAGUAUAUCGCAAAGGGCGGCGCCAGCUAGCACUCGACCUGGAUCAAGUGAUGGCUCUAUGCGCCCUCCACCACGGCCUGUGACGACCAGACCGCCAUUAAGCUCCCAGUCCGGAGCCAACGAUGGCUCUAUGCGGCCCCCACGGUCUGUAACAACCAGACCACCAUUGAGCUCCGACAACAGACCAUCCGUCAGUAGGCCACCACUGUCUUCCGACAACCAGAGAGGCGCGCCCCUCCGCAGCGGCUCCAAGACGCCCACUGAGCAAGCGUCUUCUACUGGCCUGCAAAGACGACCCAGCACCACAUCUCGACACGCCCGCACCACCUCUACCGGCAGUGCGCCCUCCAUCCGACCGCCAGCUUCUAAACACACGCGGAAUACUUCAGUCACUCAACUCAGCUCCACGACGACUCUCAGGCCGCCGUCAGAAACUAAGCAAGCUCCCAACCCGGCUCUACACCGCCCUAACUUCUCCACCCUACAACAGCAUUAUUCACCAGCCAAAUCUAUAGCACCGAAACCGACAACAGCGAGCUUGCUGGCAGCUCCGUCGCCGAGUAAAUUGCCCUCGAACGUUGCGAUAUCGGCCGAGACAGCUCGGCUACAAGCAGAAUUAUUACAAUUACACCUUCUUCACCGUGACGCAGCAUCGGUACAAGAUCAAUGGCGGGACAGUGCAAGGAACAAGCUAGGUCACAAGUUUGAGACAUUGGUGAGGAAGCACGAGGGGUUGGUGGCACAAGAGGAGGCACAGCAUGGCAAGACCAACGCCCUGGCCCUGAAAGUAUGGGCGGACAGCGGCAUGCCGGGAUGGGGAUUGGAGGAGAAGAUUCAGGUUCUAGAUGAGGUGGUUACUGGCGUGUGGGGUAUGGGCGAAUCAGGCGGAAAGUACGCCAGGAUUGUGAGAAGGUUUGAAAGGUGGAUGCACACUGUCGUGGAUAUCCACCAAGGGCGUGAAAGAGGACAUCUCCUGGAUGGCGACGAAGUCAUGUUUAUCGAGGACAUUGAUGGGAGCUGGAGCGAUGAUUGCAGAGUCCAAGCUAGGAAGCUGGAGGAGUGGAGGGAUAAGCUCGCUGACUUGGGAGAAGUAGAGGUCAAGAGCAGCCUCGCAACCGCUGUCGAGGGGUACACGACGCUGGUUAGAGGCAUGCUGGAAGAGUUAGAUACUAUGCGGAGGAUCGAGAAGGAGGUUAUGAUGAGUGAGCAAGUCUGGAUCAAGGAGAUGAUCGCCGAUGCGGGAGACGAAGAGGACGUUCCUGUCCGUUCUGGUGCCGCUUGGCACAGGUGA